AUGGAGAAGAAUUGGGAAACCCACAAGCUAUGGAAUACAAUCUUAACCAAAUUAACCAAUACCUUAUUCGUUCUGUUCACAAUAUUCCAUAAAUUACCAUUAAAGUCAGGAAAAUUUUUAGGAUUAAGUAUAGUUGUUGGUCUUCGACACAUUGCAAUGAUAAUUAUUAAGAUUUUAAACCACAAAAUAGCACCAGAAUUUCCAAGUUUGAUUGAAUUAUCAGCAACCGCACAACAAAUAGAUCUUCGGCUUCAACAGUUUUGCUAUUCACCAAUACAAUAUAUCAGAACAACUAGAAAGAUCGAUUGGAAUGCUACAAGUUUAGCUCAUAUGCAAAGUCCCGUGGAGAAUAGUCUUUCCAUCGAACAAUAUCCUGAAUAUAUUAGAUUUUACAACACUUUAUGGCUAGUGAUUAAUGACGUGACACUUGGUGCUAUCACUGGAGCAGUAUUGAUUGAAAAUCAAGAAAUUUUGAUCAAAGUUUUUAAUGAAAUUAUUGUUUCUAAAAUUCUUUAUGAAGACUUGAAAAAAAUUAGUAUGUGGUUAAUGAAUUCACCAGGUGGUAUCAAAUUGAAUAAUGAAUUAUCAAUGUUUUUCAGUGAAUUGUUCACUUGGAUGAUUGAGUUUUGGAACGUUUCUCUUGUGGAUACGUUAGUUCCAAAUUUGUCAACUGUUUUUUACAUUCUUGCACUAAGUUCAACAUUUGGAGCUACGUUAUCUAUUGCAAUUUUUUCAGAUUUUUUAUCAAUUAUUACUUUCAAUAUUUAUUGUUUCUAUUUUGCAUCUGCUAGAAUUUUCAAUUGGCAGUUGGAUAUCUUGGCUAGUUUGUUUCAUUUGUUUUGUGGUCAAAAGAAGAAUAUUUUGAGGAAUAGAAUUGAUUCAAAUGAUUAUGAUUUGGAUCAAUUAUUGUUAGGUACGUUGUUGUUUACUGUUUUGAUUUUUCUUUUACCUACCGUUUUUGCAUUUUAUUUGACGUUCACCAUUACAAGGUUAUCAAUAUUGGUGAUUGUUGGUUCAUUAGAGUUUGUUAUGUCAUGUUUGAACCAUUUCCCAAUAUUUGUCAUUUUAUUGAGAUUAAAGGAUUAUAGAAGAACACCAGGUGGUAUUGAAUUUGAGAAUGAAGAGGAUUACUUGAGAAUUAAGAGUAAGCCACUUGAAGUUUCUGAGAUGUUUAAACCAUUUUCCAAUGUUAUUGAUAAAUUAAAAUCUUCAUAUUUCUCCUUCAAAACACUAAAGAAAAUUUUAACAGGAUUCCCAAUUAAUGUUCAGAGAAAUAAGUUUUAUAAAUUGCUUUAUUCUGCAUUACCAUCAAACCACAUCAGUACCUCUGAAUUAUGGUCUGAAACCAAGAAAUUUCUAUAG